CAGCAAACCCCACCCCCUUCUGUAAGGCUUGUCAACACAAGCGAAUUCCUCUGCGGUUAGUUUCGUCUUAAACGUAUCUGUAGACUUAAAAUUCCGUCCCAGCAAACAGCGUUCACAUUAUGUGUAUGUUUGCCUAAAAUCAACAGAUUGCGCACCUGAGAUCUCAGCGGAAUAACGUGGAUUCAAGCGCUUUGACAAGUUAUAACGUUACACACACAACGUGAAAGCAUCUAGUAAGCUGUGAAUGAUUUUUAAACCUAAGCACAAAUGAAUAAAUGUUUAAAACGAAACUAACCUGCAGUGUUCUCCCCUGUUCAUUAGCAAAACAAACAGCUUGCCGCAGCUUUACAUAUAAACGCACAUAAUGUAUUAACAUUCAUACAUUCUACACAACUCCAAGUGUCCAUCUGCACUUAUAUACAUAAGUUGUUUAAGACCUGACAGCGGUGAAAUGCUAAGUGUUCGAUCCGGAGAGUCCUUGUAUCUACCGUGUCCAAACCUGGAUUGUUUUCAGGACAAGGAGAACUCGUCAUAUGUUUGGUUGAAGAAUGUCAGCAGCACAAUGAGUUUGGUAGAGAUCGGGACAGAAGAACACAUGCGUGUGCAUUAUCACAGAUCUGUGUUAUACAUCCUUCAGUUGAGUGUAGAAGACACGGGUUGUUUCAUCACACGCCGGUUCUACCCAGAUGGUGUUUGUCACGAGUUUGUCAUUGACCUGGUGGUUUAUGAAGAGUUCAGCCCAGAUCUUUUAUUUUCUACGAUUUCAAGUGUGGAGAGAAUUGUGGCUGAAAUUUUCUGUCCACUGUGUCAAUAUCAAGAGGGAACUUUCAUCUGGUAUAAGAAUUUCUCUCUUAUUUCAAAUCAAGAGUCGGAUCAAGUUUUACGCGUUCGUGAAUUUUCCAUAGAAAGUGAAGAUAUUUACACGUGUGUUUGUUUCUGGGAACAUGACGGAAGGAAACUCAACAGCUCCGCAUCCCUUCGACUCGUGAUUGGAGAACAGCCUCUCAAUACUCCUCUAAGGAUUGUUCAUCCCACUGAUAACUCCACCGUACUGGUCGAUAUGGACACAGAGAUGGGCAUCACGUGUUCUGUGUUUGCUGGAAGCACUGGGAGGAAAGAGUGCAGUGUGGACUGGCUGAGGAACAAGACGGCGCUGGAUGGAGUGGAUGGAUAUAUAGUGCAACAGAGAGACGAUGAAGAGUUCAUUCAUUCAGUUCUGCUCAUCAGAAAAGUUUCUCAGAUGGACUUGUAUUCAGUGUUUCACUGCAGAGCGGAUUAUUCUUAUGAAGAGAUGUUUGUGUCCGUCACCCUGAAGAGAAGAGAUGUCGGAGCAUCAUGGCUCACGCUGGUCUGGUGUUCUGUUUGUGUGGUUCUUCUCAUUCUGAUGGUCAGUGGAACAAUGAAGAUGUUUGCUGUUGAUCUGGUGCUUUUAUUAAGAGGAAGCUUUAAGAAGCGAAACAGGAAGGAAGAUGGGAAAGUGUACGACGCUUAUGUCAUUUACCAGAAAAACCACUUAGAGGAAGCGACAGAAAAAACUAUAAGUGAUUUUGUCACUGGAGCGCUUCCUACAGUCCUGGAGAAACACUACAACUAUAAACUUUACAUUCCUGCUAGAGACGAUCUGCCCGGAGAAGACUGCAUGAAUCUGAUUGAAACUAAGAUACAGCUCAGCAGAAGACUGAUCUUCAUCAUAACUACAGGACGCGGCGCACAUGAACACGGCUCUUCUCCUGAAGUUUAUGAUGUUCAGGUGGGACUCCAUCAGGCUCUGGUGCAAGGAGACAUCGGUGUGAUUCUCAUCCAGCUUGAGGACAUGCACAACUACACACAUCUGCCCCUGGGACUCCAGCAUCUUCUGAAGAAAAGUCCUCCAUUGCUCUGGAGGGACGGAGGAAAACCAGGUUCAAGGUUCUGGAAACUAGUGCGCUACCAAAUGCCCGUUCCGUCAUGUCAGAGGGACCGUGUGAAGAAAACAUCCGCAGGCUCGAGCUGUCAAACUGAACAGUCUCCACCAUUAAUGUACGCCAUCAUAUGAAUGAAUAGCUGUGCUUGUGUCAGUUUCCUUCUUCCCUUGUUUAAUCUUCUUUUGUGUUCUUUAUAUCAGACAACUUGAGUUUCUCUGGCUCUGCUGCUAGAUGCUGUGAUUGACACUUUGUUCUAAAAAAGCUUUGUUCUCCAUAAAAAAAAGAACAAAAAGUCGCCAUGUGUUCUUCUUUUUUUAAUAAGGCUAAUAUUUCACUUCCCCAUGAACAGACACUGCAGUAUAUUUGCUCUAGUAAUCUUUUGUCAAAUUUUUAUUUAAACCUGGUGAAUAUUAAAAUGUUACAAUUUACUACAGUAAAUACUAAAGUAUAUUUGUACUUAAUGUUGAAUUCUGGUGUUUCCUCUCUCUCUUAAAGAUUAAAAUGACAUUAAAUUACAGAAUUGUGACUUUACAUAUUUUAAGAUGAUCAAACUCGUAUUACAAGUUUUGCAUGUUUUGUUUCAGACAUUGAAUGAGUAAAUGUUCACCUGUGAAAUACACAAUGAUGUAAAAACUCUCAUUACAAUAAGGUGCUGUUAACAUUAGUAAAUUCAUUUGAUAACAAUGAACAAUGUAGUUUUUUAGCAUUUAUUAAUCCUUGUCAAUGUACGUUCAUGUCGACACAGUUAUUCACGGUAGUUCAUGGGGC